AUGACAAGCUUGAUGACUGUCCUCAUGUACAAUAACUUCCUGAGAGGCCUGUUACCGUGUCAACUAGGGGUAUUCGGGCUUUUAGACAUCUCACAUAACUCUCUUUCGGGACCUUUACCAUCUUGCUCGAACAUGCUGGGUCAUAUAGUUUUACAGGGAAAUAAGUUGAUCGGACCAGUACCAGAUGCUUUUAUAAAUUCAUCAGAUCUACUAACAUUGGAUAUGAGGGAUAAUCUUUUGUUCAGUACAAUCCCCAACUCAUUCCAUGCGUUCUUCAACUUAAGGGUUCUUCUGUUGGGGUCGAAUCAGUUGAAUGGCUCCAUUCCCAACCAUAUAUGUAAUUUGAACAAAGUUUCCCUGAUGGAUUUGUCCCACAACAAAUUCUUAGGGAUUAUUCCUCACUGCAUCAUUAACAUCUCUUUCGGGAAAUUUGGUAUAGAAAAUCAACCUUACAUUUGGGCUACCUCCAUUAGAUGGGAAAAGCUUCCAAUCUAUACAUAUGGGAAUUUCUUAGUGACAACUAGCAACCAAAUGAAUCAAGAUGAUGGAUAUGAUGUAUUAGUUGAAGUUGAAUUCGUUACAAAAGGAAGGCUCGGCUCUUACAAGGGAGACAUCCUCAACUACAUGUCGGGAUUGGAUUUGUCAUGCAACAAUCUAACUGGAGAAAUCCCAUAUGAAAUUGGAGAUUUGGGUUCACUUCAUGCGGCAAACUUGUCUCAUAACCAUCUUAAGGGUUCCAUUCCUAAAAUUUUCUCUCGUCUUUCGCAAAUAGAGAGUUUAGACCUUUCCUACAAUGGAUUGAGUGGAGAGAUUCCACCGGAAUUGCUGAAUCUCUACUUUCAGGAAGUGUUCAGUGUGGCUUAUAACAACUUGUCAGGUAAAACUCCAGAAAUGAAAGCACAAUUUGGGACUUUUGACGGGAGCAGUUAUGAGGGAAAUCUGUAUCUUUGUGGACUUCCACUGGAAAAUAAAUGCACUUCCACUGAGGAGAUGCCAAAAUCAUCAUCCAGUUCAGAGAGAGAGGACAGUAAAUGUGAAAGGUCUAUAGCUGCUCUCCCGUAUAAGUUGGUGCAUCGAUAUAUGCCCAACUGGAUCAUUAUGUAUGGAAUGACCCACUACUUGAAAAUUGUUACUUUACUCAGAUUGAAGCUCCAUGUUGUAAAAGCCACCCGCUCGCUACCAAUUCCACUCAUCAUCUCGGUUAGAUUCCCACUUGAGGAGUUACUUGAGAUAAAUGAGAAGAAGAGCAUGGAGAGAUAUUUACUAUCUGUAGGAAGUACUGAAAGGCUGGAUAGUGGAGGUGACAGCUAUGCCACUAUGGAGGUGAUGGUACUUGGCGUUGGUGGGAUUAGGGGGUUGGUAUUGAGGUGGCUGGGAUGUGGAGAUGAUUCAGAUCGGAGCAAACUUGUACAAGAUUUAAACAAUUUAACUAGGGAAGGAAAUAUCGAAAGUAUGUUUUCGAUUGAAAUGGAUUUGAGGGAAUUAGCGUCCUUGAAGCAGUAUUCUAAGUCUGUGGCUGAAGCUACUGCUUCACCACUGAAUCAAUUACGGCUGCAACUCCCCUCAUUUAGUUUUUCAUUAAAAAGAAAGGUUGUGAUAUUAGAUUAUGAAGUCGUACUUUCAAUUGUGACCAAUCCUAGCGAAGAAGAAGAGGAAAACCCAGAGGAGGACCUAGAAGAAGACUAUGAGUGA